CGAUGGUCCGCCACUCUUGGUUUCUUUGUCUCAACGACAACACCUCAACCAUGAACGCCGUUAUCGUCCUCCUCGGUCUCGUCUCCGCCGCCUCCGCCGGCUUUAUUGGCGGAUAUAGCGGCUACGGUGCCUACGGAGGACUCGGAUACGGCCAUGGAAUUGGCUACGGCUACGGCGCUGGCGUAGCCGUCGCUGCUCCCACCGUUGCCGUCGCCCGCCCCGUUGCCGUUGCUGCCCCAGUGGCCGUGGCUCGCCCAGUGGCCGUUGCCGCUCCCGCCGUUGCCGUCGCCCGCCCCGCUGUCGUUGCUGCCCCAGUGGCCGUGGCUCGCCCAGUGGCCGUUGCCGCUCCCGCUGUUGCCGUCGCCCGCCCCGCUGUCGUUGCCGCCGCUCCCGUCGGCCUCGGCUACGGUGGUAUCGGCUACGGACACGGCAUCGGCUACGGAGCCGGUCUCGCCGUUGCCGCUGCUCCCGCUGUUGCCGUCGCGCGCCCUGUGGCCGUCGCUGCUCCCGUGGCUGUCGCGCGCCCCGCGGUGGUCGCUGCCGCCCCUGUUGCCGUUGCCGCUGCUCCCGCUGUCGCCUACGGCGCUGGCUUCGGCUACGGCCACGGUCUUGGUUAUGGUCUGGGUCUUGGCUACGGCCACGGUCUCAGCUACGGCUACGGCCACGGUAUCGGCUACGGCAUUGGAAUCAAGAAAUACUAAGCGGUUUCACGCCGUUAGGAUCUCACGCGAUCACCUCCUACCGUGUGGCGGAUCCCCAUGGAUUCGAUUGCCAAAAAAGUUCGCUUCGUACGUCACAGAAAGCGAUCAUUACUGUGUUCAAAAUAAAUUGUUCGGGUUAUGACGGGGUACGUUUUCCGAAAACGAAAGAAA